GAUCCUCUGUGGAUGUGUGCGUUUAGAACGCAUGCCUUCCUUGUCAAAGCUUAAAGCACUGACGAAGUUGGAUUUGGAUGGAGCAGGCCUUUGUGAGGCUCCUGAAGGCAUUGAAAUGUUAGAAAAUCUGGAAUAUCUUGAUUUAUCUUGUCCAAACUUGAGGGUGCUACCAGGGGGAAAAAUCAGUAAGCUCUUCCGCCUCCAAUACCUACGUAAACAUCCGAUUUUUCCAAGUGAAAUAAGGGGAGAAGAAGUAGCGGGUUUGAAGAUGCUGGAAUUGUUUGAAGGUGGAUUUGAUUGGCUGAAAGACUUCAGCAGUUUUGUUAACAAGUUGAACCAUUGUGGAAGACCCAGUCAUUACUUUAUGAAAGUGGAAGGAGAAACUGACGCUCUAAUGGGAUUCAAAAUGGUAUUCUGUAUGAGUUGGGAUACAAUAUGCUUUCCGGAUAUCAUGGAGUUAAGACCAAUGCAUAUGAGACACAGGGGCAAAGAUGAGGAGGGGUAUUUUUGGAAGUUCAACAAUAAUGAUCUUCAUAAAUUGGUAAUUUUAUUCAGAUGCGAGAUAGGAGAAGGAGAUGAGUUGGUCCUUCCAGAUGACCUUCAGGCUUUGACGAUUGAAUCCUGCCAUGCGGUCGGUGCUAUUUCUAUUUUUCAGAAAGAUUUUACUCAAUUGCGAACAUGUGGUUUGAAAGACUGUGAAGGGAUAGAGUGUGUGGUCUCUUUGUCAUCAUUUUCAUCUACUUCCUUGACAGUUAUGAAUAACCUUGAAGUACUAACCCUUGGGGGUUUGCCUAGCUUGCGGGAUGUUGUGAAAGUGGAAAAAACAAGAGCAUCGCUUGCACCAAAGAUAUCCCCUCACAUCUUUUCCAAUCUUAAAGAGCUGGGGGUAUGCAAUUGUACAAAAUUGAAGAAGCUUUUUCCAUGUGAGCUGCUGCAGGGUCAGAGCCUCCAAAACUUGGAGCUGAUUGAGGUGAAUGGUUGUGUGUGGAUGGAGGAAAUUAUAGGAUGGGAAGAAGAAGAGGAAGGAAAUCAAACAGCUACUCCAAUAUUGAUCACUCUUCCAAAAUUAAGGAUAUUGGUGUUGCAUUUCCUACCGUAAUUGAAGAGAAUCUGCCCCGAAAGAGGAGUAAUGGUUUGUGAAUCUCUCAAUAGCAUCACAAUAUUGACCUGUCCAAAGGUAAAGAGGAUUCCCCUUUGUCUUGGAAGGAAAAACGCGCAACCAUCUCUUCCUGCUGUCAAAUCUAUCUAUAUUUUCAAUCCAAAAGAAUGGUGGGAAUCGUUGGAGUGGGAGAAUCCUGACUAUAAGAUUGUCCUCCUACCUUUCCUCAAAUAUUAUGAGCUCUUGUAAGUCUCAUUAGUCUCCCUUUUUCCAUCACUUGCAUACCAUUCCUCCUCUCUCACUGGUAUUUCAUAACUAAAUGUUUCUAUCUCUUGUUUCUGAAUGAAUCCCAGUGUUAAUGUCCAUUGAUUUGCUCAAUUAUCUAAUCAUGACUGAUUUGCUAAUAAGAUGUUUGUCUCGCUAAUUCCUUUUUUGAUUAUUCACAGGGGCAACCCUUUGGUAGGUAUUAAAUAUGAGUCUAGGAGUUUCAAUUAUCAAUUGACUAGUUUCUAAUGCGUAGCUCAGCUCAGGGAGCAAGCACCUGAAUGGAUUUCCUGAGUCAUCCAUUGAAUAUCAAUGUGGUCAAGCUGUGUCCACUUUCUAAUGCCCAGCCCAGGCUGCAUCUCUUACCAUCUCAAACCUAUUUCUUCAACUCAGCAACAUUUACAGCUGAGGAAAACAAAAAAAUUGGGACUCACACUCACUUCAAUCCAAUGCAAUCUCUGUUGUAAUUUGUUGUUUUGUGCUAUGGAUGAACUUUGUUUAAUUAAUGAUUGUUUAAGUAAUAUUUGUUUUAUUUUAUGUUGUAAUAAGCAGUAAAACAGACUUGAGAAAUUUCUUGUUUUAUGUUUUGUGACUGUUAACUAUAUCAACUUCAACAUUGUAAUUUCUUUAAUCACAUUAUUGUUUAACUCUUGUGGCAAUUGAACCCACAUAUAUAUAUGUAGGCCACAGCAGACACUAGCUAUGUAUGUAUACAAUUAUAUACAAUUAUAUGAAUUUCUCUCAUAUUUAUUUGACCUAUCAAUUUACCAACACACCCAUAUUUGGAGAUCAACAAUUAUUUUCAAGUCCAAAAUAGUAAGCCGAAUUUAGAAUGAUUCAAUGUGCUUUCUUGCCUCUGGCUGCCUCUACACUAGUAAUUAGUUGAUUCUGUUUUUCUCAUCCAAAUAUCAAGUGGUUUUAAAGGAUUUGAUAUUGUCUUUUCACCAAAGUGCUCCUCAAUUCAUAUUAUGGUUCUUAUUUGUUUAUCUAAAUGUCAUUACUAUGUUUUCUCUGGAUCACACAACCUAUUGAACCAUGUUGCAAGGCUCUUACAUACUGCUUCUCUGAAGCUGAGCCUUAGUGCUCAACAUCUGACUUAAUGGAGUUUAUGUGAAUUGGAUAUAUAUGAGUUGGUAUAGUUGGCUUAUUGUUCAACUCUUGCAGCCGUUCAACCUAUACAUAGGCCAUAACAGACCCAAGAUUGUGCUUUCUUCUGUAAUAGCUGCCUCUACCUUCCUAUUCUACACUGGUAAAUUUUCAAGAUUUGAGUGUUUUUAGAUUUUACUUUAACAAAUUCCAUAUGAUGUGUAUCUCUCUUAAUUGGAUGCUAAUUCCUUUAUAAUUACCAAUAACAGUGAUUCAUGUGUGAUUAUGUGAAAGUGAAAGGAAUAGCAACUACUCACACAUUGCCUGUACAUACCAACAUUCCCUCACAUCUUUUUCUAAUUAAAGAAUUUUGUGUAAUUAUUAGUUGUUCAAGAAUGAAGAAUUUGUUUCCCUUUGAAAAGCUGCGGGAUCUUCACAUUCAUGAUUGCAAAGAGUAAUAGCAUAGAAAAAAGAGAAGG